AUGGCCAGUACCAAUUGUUCCUCGUCGCCCACUCGCAUCCUCCUGGACGAAGACCUGUCUGGCCCUCUAUACGGGCUACCCGCUAUCGGCGUCGACUUCCAUCGGCUCAUAGCUGCUGGCUUGCAAGCUAGAAAGGCAGAUCUUCCUGUCCUGCGACGACACUUCGAGCUCGAGCUGUUGAGCAUGAGGGCGGUGUGGAAUGCGAACCUUUCAAUACACACACUUCCCGCUGAAAUCCUCCUCGAUAUCUUCAAGUAUUUAUUGGUUCCGUCUUAUCAACAAAGGUACACGCAUGCAGCGCCAAGACGUCCCUGGGUGCCCUUGAUGGGUGUUUGUCGACAUUGGUGUGCUCUCAUCCGGAACGACGCGGAAUUCUGGAGCACCAUCGACAUCUCUAAGGGCACCAAAAGCAUGUCGUGGCUGGACCUCACCUUACGCCGCUCUCGUAGAGCGCCGCUUCGCGUAACGAUAUCUCGCGGCUGUGAUAUAAAGGCGGCCAUCCCAAUCCUCCAACAACAUACCGACCAUAUCAAAGAACUGGAAGUGAGCGCGCCGAACGCUGGUUGGAUCAAAGCGCUCUUCAUCCACCGUCUUCCUAUCCUUGCCAACCUCACAGUCAAUCUUGACCAACACGUUGCAUAUGGGCGCCCCAGGCGCAAUGUCGACUUCGUCAACCGCAACAUCUGCCCGUGCCUUGAAGAGCUCAGCCUCUUACGAUAUGGGCUGACCUGGACCGCACCACUCCUGGCUAAUUUACAGUUCCUGUCUCUGAGCGACUGCGCGCUAUCGACGGAGCCGCUCUCGUUCACUGCGUUCCUGGAUGUUCUCGAGCAUGGCCAAGAACUUCGGUCCCUCCAACUCGGGUCCUUCCUUUUCGUCGUUUUGUCGUCGCAGACCUCUGUCCCGCCUGGACGCCUCGUCACACUCCCGAAGCUAUCCUAUCUCGGAUUUCAUGCCUUGCCCGAUAUUGCCGCCCGACUGAUGUCGCACCUCCGUAUCCUCGGCACGUGUGACUUCGAACUCAUGGGAGAGUGUAGUUCUACCAACCCGUCCAUAACCUACGCCUCCUUCCUCCCGCGGAAUGCUCCCCUCGUAUGCCUCACGCCCUUCGUCUCCUUCGUCUCCCUCCAAGUCUGCCGGGAGGUGCACGUAAUCACAUGGAACCUCCCCCCCGGCGGUACAUUCAUGCUGGAACUGUACCGUGCCAGCCGCGCUCGAUGGGACCACACAUGGCUAGAAUCUGGCCUGCAGCAAUUGCCAUCGCUCUUCGCUUUGAGAGGAGCGGGGCUCACGCACCUGAAUAUCGCAGGAGCACUGGCUGCCGUCUCGUCUGCCACCUGGGACAUGAUAUUCGACUCCUUCCCGACACUGGAGAUUCUCGACUUCGAGGUGCAAGCGGGGAGCGCGUUCCCCACCGCCAUCAUCCGCUCGCUCUCCGUCCCAGUGACCGCGCCCGGACGCGCGGCCAGAAAGGAUGGAGUAGAUGGACUCUAUGGCGUUCGUUGUCCCGCGCUCGCGGACCUCAAUUUCAUGAUGGACGAGGGUUGGAAGUGGACGCCGAGCGCGGUGGAGAACGUCCUCACAUGCCUUCGCGCCCGGGCUGCGCGCGGGGCCCCGCAGCUGCAGUGCCUGAGAGUGAGCCCAAGAUUGGAUAUAAUGGCUGGCGCGGGGUUGGAGCACAUUUGGGAGGGCCUCCGGCAGAAACUGCGCGCAAGCGUUGAGCUGCUCCGAGAAUCAUGA